UAUUUAAACUUAGGAAGAUGCUAUGGCUAACUUUUAAAAGAAUUGGUUUGCACCAAAAUGUUGUUGAACCAUAUCAAUUUGGCAUAUGAUGAUCUAAAUGUGUCUCAAAAUAAAAACCUGGUUGUGAAUCUUAGAACUUAUUGAGUGACUUUCUAUUCCUUGCUGGACGACCCUCUUAUUUUGUUCUUGCAGUCUCAAAGCAUUACACAAGAAAUUAGUCAUGGGGGAUAUUUUGCAGAGGAAAAACAACACAGAAGAUACUUAUGGAGAUAACUAUUGGUGUUGUGACAAUCAAAUUGUCCAGGCAGUAUGGACACUAGUCCCCAUGUGUGGUUUGGAUGAUGGGAAUAGUUUUAUGGCAUUGGUGUCUGAUUUUAUAUCUAGGGUUGGUAUUGGGGAUCCGCAUAGCAUUGUUUUUCGUCUCCCUGGAGAUUCUGGACAGACACAUGUUUGCCGACCACUUAAUCCUGAUAAUAGUACAGAAAUUAGUUUUUGCAUGGACACUGGUGUAGGACAAUCUUCACUAAAUAUUUACACUUACCAUGAUCUUGAUUAUGAUAAAUCAUCAUAG